CAAGUUGGCAUAUGACAAGUUUCUUCUGCCUUUUAGCCUUUGUGUAUUUUUUGAAGUGUUUUUUUUGUUAUCCAUCUCCACUCUUUUCUUACUAAUGUAAGGCUAAAUGGAACACACCAAUCCAGAGGAAAAAACAAGAUGAAGAUCAAAACAAGCCAAGAAAGGAAGAAGAAGACUAUGACGAGAGAACAGGGUAUUUAACUGUGCACGACAAAAACCCAAGAAGCAAAUGGGUAUCCAACGAACCCACUCCCACUACUUUUGAUUGUGACUGUCUGUCUGGGGCUCUGAGUCAGGGGUAUAUUUCCAUUGUCAAUGGAGCCGAGUAGGACAGGAACCAGGAAGUGAGGUGUGGGAACUACAAGGUACAUUACAUGGCACUACAUUUAGUGUUCUAUUCUUAUCCUCACAUAGUCACUUUCGCUUUUAUAAGCACUGGGUAUAUAUUUACUCUUUGUAAAAUAUCUUAGAGCAAUGCUUCUAUAGAUUCUCUUCGUAAUAGAGUUUGAGACCCCAUUGGAUUCCUGUACUUUGGCCUAUCACAAAAUGCCAAAUGAGUCGGCAUGUGGGUUGGCCCCUUGAAUGGUGCAUGGAGGUAAGGAGAUGGUUUGCAGCAUUUGUCCUUAAUGGACAGUGAUAGUUUAUGUAUGCAUGAAUUGCAGAGGGUGUCAUUUUUUGCUCAGCUGAUUAUUAGGCCAUGGAUGAUUGAGAUGAUUGCGAUCCUGACGUGUAUUGAUCCAAUCUUGUACCUGGGAUUUCGCACUUAGUUGUCAUGUCCAUUGACAGGGGAAGUUUUGGGCUUGUCUGCGAACCUCAGGUUCAUUACAGAGGAUGAGGUGGUUCUAAUUUUGGGACUGAGUUAACAGUUUUGCUUAUUUCAGAUGGGAGAUCAUACCCUUGUAUUUGCAUUCCAGGAAGCAUUUUUGGUUUGGGGAUCAUAGUCCUUGAUGCUUUCCGUGAUUGUUUUGUUGGUUCGGUGUCACUGGCUGCUGCAUUGUUGGCAACUGCUCUCUCAUUUGGAGAAAACGGAAAAGCAUUUUUUGGGUAGCAUUGAGGGUAUUGAAUUGAAAAUGAGUGGCUGGUCCAGCUUUAACUUUACAGUUCACUUUUUGUGUCUCGAUCCUGUGAUCUGCUUGCAGUACCGGGAUACAAACACUAUUCGACAGUGACUUCUGAAUGUACUGCUGAAUGGCUUGAGCCCGAAUUUAUAUUGGGCUAAUCUAUUUGACAGGAGAGGAAAUAUCACCGUGUCAUGUGUGCCUUAGGUACUGUAAGUUGUGGAUCAUUGGGGUUUUUAUUCAGAGUGCAGUAUGGUGAUGCUGAGACAGGUAGUUCCAUUCGAUAAUGAAUGUGCUGCUGUCUCUCAGAGGCUCAUAGAAGCUGCUCUUCAAGGUGACAUAGAUACUGUAGUUGAUUGCUUAGGUAAUGCUCUUGUAGAUGUGAAUUACAUUGGGACCGUUUCCCUACGAGUAAAGUGUACAGAAACUGUUCUUCAUGAAGAGGCACCGGAUGAAGUGAAAACUGGGUAUGAAGAGUUUAAAACUGAUGUCACUGCCCUCUUUGCAGCUGCUCACGCAGGUCAUGUUGACAUUACACGGAGACUUCUGUCAGCUGGUUCAGAUGUCAAUCAGAAGCUGUUUAGAGGCUAUGCAACAACUGCUGCUGCUCGAGAAGGCCACCAUCAACUACUAGGUCUCCUCCUUAAAGCAGGAGCCUCUCAACCAGCCUGUGAGGAUGCUCUAUUGGAAGCAUGUCUCUAUGGUCAGCCUAAAGCUGCUGAAUUAUUAAUCAGCUCUGAAAUGACCAGGCCAGAUGUUUCUGCACAUGCAUUAGUGUAUGCUAGCUGUCGUGGCUUCAUCGAUAUUGUUGCAAUAUUAAUCAAGAAUGGAGUUGAUAUAAAUUCAUGGGAUAGGGCACUGCUGCGUUCUGCCAAGCCUGCUUUAUAUGCAAAUGUGGACUGUACACCACUCAUUGCUGCCAUUGUCAGCCGGCAAGCUCCUGUUGUGAAGUAUUUGUUGGAGAUGGGGGCUAAGACAAAUUGUAAAUUUAGCCUUGGAGCUUGGUCGUGGGAUAGAGCAUCUGGUGAAGAGCUGCGUGUUGGGGCAAGUCUGGCAGAGCCCUAUAAUGAAGCAUGGUGUUCAGUUGAAUACUUUGAAGCAAAGGGAGAAAUUCUAAAGAUGUUGCUUGGAUACAUAUCCCCUGAUAGUGAGCAUCAUGGAAGAACACUUAUAUGUCAUGCAGUCCUUUGCCGUAACUCAGGUGCAAUUCGUGUGCUUUUAGAUGCUGGUGCAAAUGCCGAGUUUUGUGUAAGAACAAAUAAUGGACAUGAGUUUCGUCCUCUUCACAUGGCUGCUAGAAUGGGCUGUCUUGCUAUUGUAAGGCAGUUCAUAGAACAUGGAUGUGACCUGAAUGCAAGAACAGAAAUGGGCGAAACUGCAUUGAUGCUAUGUGCAAGAGCUAAUCAUCAUGAGUGUUUCAUGGAGCUACUGGUUGCAGGUGCUGAUCUUGGGCUAUUAAAUAGGGCAGGACAAAGUGCAGUGAGCAUAGCAGAAGACAGUGGGUUUGAGUCUUCUGUCCGUCAAGUUCUGUGUGCUACAAUAAAGGAAGGAAAGAAAAUAAAGUCAGGUGAUCUCCAGGUUUUCUCUUCUCUUCAUUUUGUUGCAAGAUUUGGUGAUGCUACGGUUCUUCGGAAACUUCUUGAACAGUCAGAUAUAAAUCUGGAUGAACAGGAUAGGUAUGGGUAUUCUGCAGCCAUGGUUGCUGCAAAAGAGGGACAUAUUGAGGCUUUCAAAGUUCUUAUAUUUGCAGGAGCUGAUGUGAAGUUGAAGAGUAAGAAGGGUGAAACAGUUUUUGUCUUAUCUCAACUCCAUGGAAGCAAAGACCAUUUAGAGAGAGUUCUCCUGGAUGCAGUUCUGGCAAAUAAGUUAAAGGAAGAUGAAUUUAAAGCUCUUCACUAUGUAGCUCGAAGGGGUAAUAUUGAGGCACUAGGGCAACUCUUGAAGAAGGGUUCUGCAAUUAAUGCCUUCGAUGAGGAUGGCUACACUCCUCUAAUGCUUGCUGCAAGAGAGGGACAUGCAGAUGCUUGCAAAAUUCUACUUCAACGAGGAUCUGAUUGUCAUCUGGUAAAUCCCAGAGGGGAAACAGCUUUGGCACUUGCUAGGAGAAAUAACUCAUCAAAAGUUGCAGAGGGUGUAAUAUUGGAUCAUCUGGCACGGAAGUUUGUUUUUGCAGGCGAACAACUCUGCAAGCACACAAAACGGGGUAAAGGUUCUCCUCAUAUGAAAAUGGUCCGAAUGCUUAAAUCUGGACUGCUUACAUGGGGCAAAUCCAGCAGAAGAAAUGUUGUUUGCAAAGAAGCAGGUGUAGGACCAAGUAUUGCAUUUCGCAAGAAUCGUUGCAAAGGUGAUGCAGAUAAACCACUUAUAUUUAGAAUUGUGACUAUCAAGGGAAGGGAGAUUCAUUUUGAGGCUGGAAGUGCUGCAAAUGUGGAACUUUGGGUACGUGGAAUCAAUUUAAUUGCAAAGGAAACGAGUACUUUGAAUGGUAAUGGAGCCAGGAAGUGAAGUUGUCAUGGGAAGGUACAUGAAGGACAUUGUUUUAAAGUCGUCAUAAUACUCUCAUUCAGCAUAUAAGGUGGAAAGUGAUGGCGAAUUUAAGUGAAAACUUUGCUUCUCAUUCCAUUGGCAUACAAGUGACAUUGCAAUUUUCAGAUGCUUUGACAUUCCUUGAGAGGUUCAAGGUAGCAUUCUAGAAUCUAAAUGUAGUUCCAAGUGUCCAAUUUAAGAAUGCAUUAAAGACUAAGCAUUCUCUAGGCUCCAAUAUGGUCAAUUGGGGAGGUCGCCAACUGUAAACCAUUUGAGAAAGCAUGGCAGUGCCAAGUUUUUCAUCCUUUUGAGAGGAAUAUAAAAAAAUGAUAGUGGGCAUAUAGAUGUAGUUAGUCCAAGUUAAUGCCUAAGUAAAUCAAACUGUCGAAGUUGAUCAUGUGGUCAAUUUUAGACUGAACCACCAAAAGCUCUGUGAAUAGUCUCUGGGACAUCUUAAAAAAAUGUAUGGACUGUAAUUUCUGUAUGGCAGCGCUCAAAAUGGCUAAAUAGGAUUUGAAAGUACAAUUCCAUGGCAUUGGAAGCUUAUUUCGUUUGAUAUGAGUUUUGCUCUUUGAGGUGUUAUACCUCCUGCUGA